AUGUUUUCAAAGAUUAUUUUUUGUAAAUCAAAAGUUUUUAUCCAUCCAUCUUCGGUAGUGACAGAAAAUAUUUCUGGUUUUAUAAUAAUAACAGUAGAUCCAAAUCAAUCACAUCAAGAUGCAUUAUUAUAUUGGUUUCCAGAAAAUUCAUUAAAUUCAAAACAAUUAGAUUGGUUGAAUGAUGCGGAUUUGAAAUAUGGUAAACCAUCGGUUUCAUCGACUGCUUCUAGCCUCACCUCUAAUGCGCAACCCAUGGAUGAUUCCAUCCUUAUGGACACCAAAGGAACAUACUUGUCCUUUACAAUAAAAUUAUCAUCAUUAUACUCUAUUGAGUUUAGGCCACCAAGUUCAAGUGGUUGGUGGUUUGGUUCUAUUAUUCUUCAUCCUAGAAAUGAUGGAUUGGUGACUUUACCCGUACUAUUUUUCCAUGAUGAUGUAUGCCCAUCUACAAAACAGAAACAGAAAGCUUUACAAAAGAAUUUUGAUCCAUUUAAUGCAGGUGAUUUAUAUUGGGGUGGAAUUGAUUUACAACUCGUCAUGUCUCAGAUGGUUGAUUUACAAAGAACUAAGGUCGACCCUAAUUUUUGGCUAAUUAAUGCAAGUCUUGAAGCUUUAAGAAAUUUCUCAAGUAAGGAUUUAAAAGAUGUCAGAACUAAUAAUUCUGAAGGUUACAGUGCUAGUGGUAAACCUAAGGAUAAAAAGUCCUCCAAGGGAUUUUGGGAUAAAUGGGAAUCAACCAAAUGGUCAAUUAUGUCAGGAAUCGCUACAGCUACAGCUAAGAGUGAAGAAUAUAUGACAAAAUUAGUGAAUAAUCAUCCAGCCGUCAAAUAUAUUGAACAGAAUAAUGAUAAUCCAUAUGUUAGAAACCUUUUGAAGAAUCCUAAAGUUCAAGAAAUUCAAAACGAUUUUGAUUCCGCAAGAAUAUAUUUAGCCAAAUGGUCUCUUGGUGUCAAAGAGGAAGCAAAUAAAUAUAAAUUGGACAAUCAAUUGAAUGAGUCGUAUAGAAAGAUGUUAACUAAUGAUCUUGGUUUCGAUGUGGAUACAGAUUCUAGCUUUACAGAAGAAGAAUUAAAUAGAGUUACCCAAAGAAACUUCCCAUUAACACAACAGAAAUGGGAGUCCUUCUUUGAUAGUCAAGGAAGGUUAGCUGUCACUACUGGUGAAGUAAAAGAUUUUAUUUUCCAUGGUGGGGUUGAUACCAUGGAAUUAAGACAAGAGGUAUGGUUGUUUUUAUUAGAGAUAUAUCCUUGGGACUCUUCAAAGGAUGAAAGGGAUCAAAUAGAUGAAACGUUAAAAGAAGUUUACAAUACUCAUAAAUUUCAAUGGAUGACACAGACAUUCGAAGAUGACAAAGAAGAAGAGUACUGGAAAGAUCAACUGUUCCGUAUUGAUAAGGACGUAAAAAGAAAUGAUAGACAUGUUGGUAUCUUCAAAUAUAACACAACAGAUGGUAAACCAGAGAAUACACAACCUUCCAAACCCCGCCAAGCAUUCGAUCAGUCAGAAGUGCCAGACAUAGAACAGACUGAAGAUAAUGAUAAUCAAGCAAGAAAUAAUUUUGAUGAUAAUGACAACGAGGAUGUUGAAAGCAUAGAUGGUCAUUGGGCCAUCAGAAACCCCCAUCUUAUUAUAUUGGGUGAUAUCCUAAAAACUUACAAUAUUUUCAACACAAAUCUUGGGUAUGUCCAAGGUAUGACAGAUCUAUUAUCUCCAAUCUACUAUAUUGUUAGAGACGAAGUCAAGGCUUUUUGGUGUUUUGUGCAUUUUAUGGAUAGAAUGGAACGUAAUUUCUUAAGAGAUCAAUCUGGUAUCCGUGAUCAAAUGCUUACUAUGACAGAAUUGUGUCAAUUGAUGUUACCUCAACUUAGCGAUCACUUAAAUAAAUGUGAUUCCUCUAAUUUAUUUUUUUGCUUCAGAAUGUUACUAGUAUGGUUCAAGAGAGAAUUUAACUUUGAAGAUAUAUGUGGUAUAUGGGAGAUAUUUUGGACAGAUUACUAUAGUUCACAGUUUCAACUGUUUUUCAUGCUAGCAAUCUUACAGAAAAACAGCGAACCAAUAAUCAAUAAUCUAAAUCAGUUCGAUCAAGUGAUCAAGUAUUUCAACGAUCUUCAUAAUACUAUGGACUGGAGAGAUCUGAUGAUUAGAGCUGAAUUAUUAUUUAUUCGUUUUGAGAAACUAAUGUCUUUGAUGGAACGUAAAGAAGAGCUAGCAAGAUCUGAAACAGAUCCAUCUUCUGGUGUAAAUAAUAAAGAAGCCUCUUCACCACAGUUACCCAUUCAUAGUAAGCACCUGCAACUGCUGCUUUCUAAAAAGAUAAUCGUAAGGAAGGAAGAGACUAGAACAUUGGACUCUAUUCGUUAG